AUGCUUCAUUUGAUGUCACCAUUAGAUACUCAAACACGUUUUUCUGCUUAUCGAAUAGGUGAUUGUCAUGUUGAUAUAAAACGUGGACCAUUAAUAUCAUUAAUCAAACAAAUCGGAAGAUUUGAAUUUAGUGCUAUUCAUCAGAUUGAUAUUCCAUCAUAUGGAGAAACAAUGCAACAUGUUCAAGCACUUUCAAUUCUUUCUCAACUUCACUUACAUUAUUGGACAUUUGAUUAUUUAUUAGAAAGAGCAAAAAAGAUAAAUGGAACAUCCGUACCAUCGUUAGCAAAGAGUAAAACAUCAGAUAAUAGAACAGAAUAA